AUGGCCGAUUUCGUCGACCCCCGGAUGACCAGCGUCAAGCCUCGCAUUCGCUACAACACCAUUGGAGGUAUCAACGGACCGCUGGUCGUUCUGGAUAAUGUCAAAUUCCCCCGUUACAAUGAGAUCGUGUCUUUGACCCUCCCUGAUGGGACCGAGCGGUCGGGUCAGGUUCUGGAAGCUCGAGGAAACCGAGCAGUCGUUCAGGUGUUCGAAGGCACGUCUGGCAUCGACGUUAAGAAGACGAAAGUCGAGUUCACCGGUCACAGCUUGAAGCUCGGUGUCUCCGAAGACAUGCUGGGUCGUGUGUUCGAUGGCUCCGGUCGCGCGAUUGACAAGGGCCCCAAGGUGCUGGCGGAGGAUUACCUGGAUAUCAACGGCCAACCUAUCAACCCUUACUCCCGAGUCUACCCCGAGGAAAUGAUCUCCACUGGUAUCUCCGCUAUCGACACGAUGAACUCCAUUGCCCGUGGCCAGAAGAUCCCCAUCUUCUCUGCCGCCGGUCUGCCACACAACGAAAUCGCCGCCCAGAUCUGUCGUCAGGCUGGUCUGGUGAAGCGCCCCACCAAGGACGUCCACGACGGACACGAGGAGAACUUCUCCAUCGUCUUCGCCGCCAUGGGUGUGAACAUGGAGACGGCCCGUUUCUUCACCCGCGACUUCGAGGAGAACGGCAGUAUGGAGCGCGUGACGCUCUUCCUGAACUUGGCCAACGACCCUACGAUUGAACGUAUCAUCACCCCUCGUCUUGCGCUGACCACGGCCGAGUACUAUGCCUACCAGCUGGAGAAGCACGUCCUGGUCAUCAUGACUGAUCUGUCUGCCUACUGUGACGCUCUGCGUGAGGUCUCGGCUGCUCGUGAAGAAGUUCCGGGUCGUCGUGGUUACCCCGGUUACAUGUACACUGACUUGUCGACCUUGUACGAGCGUGCUGGUCGUGUGGAGGGCCGUAACGGAUCCAUCACACAGAUUCCUAUCUUGACGAUGCCUAACGACGAUAUCACUCACCCCAUUCCCGAUUUGACUGGCUACAUCACGGAGGGACAGAUCUUCAUUGACCGUCAACUGUACAACAAGGGUGUCUACCCGCCCAUCAAUGUGCUGCCGUCGCUGUCCCGUCUGAUGAAGUCGGCUAUUGGUGAGGGCCGUUCCCGGAAGGAUCACUCGGAUGUGUCCAACCAGUUGUACGCCAAGUACGCCAUUGGUCGUGAUGCUGCCGCCAUGAAGGCUGUCGUCGGUGAGGAGGCCCUCUCCUCCGAGGACAAGCUCUCGCUGGAGUUCUUGGACAAGUUCGAGCGGACCUUCAUCAGCCAGUCGCCGUACGAGUCGCGCACGAUCUUCGAGUCGCUGGACAUCGCGUGGAACCUGCUGCGGAUCUACCCCAAGGACCUGCUCAACCGUAUCCCCAAGCGUGUGCUGGAUGAGUUCUAUGCGCGGUCUGCGCGCAAGAUCGCCAACAAGGACACGCGAGACAACAGUGUUGCGGAGCAGACCCAGGGCGAGACUGCGGAUCUGAUUGAGACGUGA